UUUAUAAAUCUGAUAUUUUCCCCCUCGAUAAUCAUUACUAGAAAAGCCAUUAACAAAGCAACAUGAUAAAAAGGAUUAAAAAAUUAUUAAUUCGUCAUCGGCUAUUUAAAACAGAAUUUUUGAAUGCGUUGAAAAACCCAGAAGCAGCAAACUGUACUUAUUGCGUUCUAAAACCAUUGCUGGACUUCCAAACACCACUUGGAUUUUGCGCUAUAAAUCCUUGUCACCAUCACAUUAAUUAUCUAUUUCGAAAUCGUUUUCAUAAUAUACGCCAUUAUUUGAUCAUUGUAAUAUGUUGGGCUGUUGCUGGACUGAUAACAUUUUCUCCAUUUUUAGACGACGAUCCCGAUUUUCAUUUAUUCAAUAUAUAUAUGCACGGAAACGUGAACGAAUCUGGAAGAAUAGCAUGCAUAUCGGGAUUGUAUAUUUUCUUAACAGUCGAAUUAACGUACUUUUCAACUAUGCGUAUUACUUUGCCAAAAGAAUUUGAUAAAAUAGCAGGAAUUCUGAUCUAUAUUAUGCCAAUUGCGAUUUAUAUAACGUUAGUAAUUUUGUCUACAAUGCCACCGAUAUGGUUAUAUUAUAAUUGUUCUACUACUUCGAAUAAGUUUAUGUGGAAAUAUGUACUGGCAAAAACGUUAGCGGGCGCAUUUUACGUUUAUAUCGUAAGCUAUUUCUUAAUAGUUGUGGAAAUAAUAACCAUAAGUAUUGUUUUCUUAAUUCUAAGUUUUCGUAAGAUUGUCGAUGAUCUUUCUAGCCAUGUUCAGAACGAAAAUACGUAUAAUUUUCUUAGAGAAAUCGAUCGAAGACACGAAGAUCUUUCUCGAUUUAUUUACAAUUUAAAUCAUUGCUCUAACAAUGCAAUUGGGAUAGGAUACUUCUUUUCCUUGGGAGAAAUACCUUUGUUGCUUUAUCUGUCCUUUUUCCAAUCUGAUAUACUGGAAAAUGUUGAUAUAAUCUCAAUACUAUUUAUUUUUCUCUUUGUAUUUUCGUUAUUUGCAUUUAUAGGCGGAGAAAUAGAAAAUGCGGUCAGAACGCCAUUCCAUGUUAUUUCUGUGUACGUUCGAAGUCCAUUAACUUUAGUUCAAAAAAUGAAGAUAUUGUGUUUGAUGAAAAGAUUAGGUGGUUCUCCCAUUACCGUUACAUGUAUGGGAUUUUUUACUAUUAAUAAAACAUUCAUGUACAGGGCAUAUAAAGCUCUUUCCUCAACAUUCACUACAUUAUUAGAAAUCCAGACAUCAGAAAAGCAGUGUGUUAAUUCAACGAAGGAAAUAUGGAAAAAAUUAUUUUGAAUAUUCAUACAUUUCUUGUGUUAUUAAAUAGAAUGAUUUUACUGUAUUUUGCAAAUAGAUUUAAAGUGUAACUUUGGAAUAUUCACAAGGCAGCAUACUGUAUAAAAAUGUGAUGCAAAAUUUUCAAAUUUAAAUUUAGAAGAUAGAAUUUAAAAAUUAGAAAAAUAAUUUUAUUUGUAUAAAUAUUUUGAUAAUUAUCUUAUUGUGUAAAAUUUAACCAAAUGUUGUAAAAUAUGAUCAAUGUAUCAAUGUGACUGUCUUAAUACAUUUUAUGAAACUGCUAUGAAUAAUGUGAAGAUUUUUGAAUGAAUUGUGGUCUGUUGACUGUGUAAUUAGGUUGUAUAAUUUUAUAUAUAAAUUUUAUACAACCUAAUUACACAAACUACAACAGUUUUAAAAUAGGUUUCAUUUUGCAUUUUGUGUGUACCAUAAUCUCAUGAAAUUGUCUUCAAACAACAAAUAAUAAACAUAGAAUUCAAAAAUUUAAAGGAAGCCUGAUUCUAAAAAGUUGUCAUUUAGUUUUUAAGUACAUUUUUUUGACAAAAUUUAAUACCACCUAAAAUAUAACACAAAUAUGAAAGUUUUAAUGAAGA